GAAGAGAGGAAGCAAGCUUCCUGUAACAAUCAGCUGCAGUUGAGCAAGACAUGAAGAAUGGGGGAUGUGUUAUUGCUUAACAUAUAACCACGUCAUUGGAGAAGGAAACAAUGUAAUGAAGCAGAAGGUUGGUGGGGGAGGGGGAAGAACUACCAAGAGGGAUUUUGAGAUGAAAGAGGCAGUCAUAGGACGGGGGAUCUGUGGCAGAAACCUGUGGGAUUCUCUCAAAGAAUACCUCCUUUCUGCGUGAUAUGCUCUGUCCUCUGCCUGUGUACUAUGCUCAAGGCUUUGUAGUGAUGAGCAAAAAAAAAAAAAAAUACUGAAGCCUACAUCUGGUAAUUGUUGCGUCUAUGCUUGAAAGGGGAACCUAAUCCAGAGAGGUGAUAGCAGGAAGAAAAAGUGCACUGACCUUUCAAGAACAAGAGCUAACACAAACACACAUAAUGGAAGAAGAGCAUGCUGUAGGGGAAGGGGGGAAGGCAGCAGACAAUUUCAUUUUGAAGAGAAAUGAAAGAAAGAGGGUCUAAUGCUGUAGAGCUAUAAGUUUUUUCAGUUUUGAGCAUCUGGCAGAUUCCUUUGUUUAUGUGAGUAAAAAUACAAUAAAAGAGAAAUGAAAAAUAAAGUUCCUUCCCCCUUGGCCCUAUUUGUUCCCCAUACCUGCAACUACAUCUGUAGUCCUGGGAUUAAGUACACUGCUACAUUUCAGAAAUCAGGUUCCUUGGGCAAACUGUAAGGUGACUCAAGCCUCCUUCCCAGGGAUUUGCCUAUGCUUAUCCCACACACUCUACCCCAUUGCUGACCUUGUUACAGAGGUAGAAUUGGGCUCUGGUGGCAACACAAUUUAAACAGGUAUACUGUUUUGCUGAGUCAAAACCUAGAGAAAUGCAUGUUAUUGUUGUGAGAAAGAACCCUAAGUCUUGUAAAUUUCUGUUCAUCAACUGUAUAGAGAAACAAUAAACCUGAAAUAAAAUAAGUGAAAAAGGAAGUUCAUAAAUUGUAAAAUUGAUAUUCUCCAUGCAGUCAUUAUCAGUUUACUUAUUGAUUUCCAUUUACUAACUUACUAAUAUUUGCCUGACAGUGUAGUAACAAGUACUAUACCUCAUUUAAUUUGACAUAGCUCACUUUAUAUUUCAGAUUCAAGCAAAGCCUGACUUAUAACUGAAGAUUUCAGUCUGAAUGCAAAAGGAAAAUAUCUUGGUGUUUUGCAUCUAACCUAAAGACUAAUAUGAAUUGGAAACUCGUGGGUACACUAGUGCCAACUUUGACUAUUAAGCUAAUAGGCAGUUCUCUGUUCUUUGUAUAUUUUUCACAGAUCUUCUCAGAAGUCCCCAAAAUCACCUCACCAGGAAAAACCAGCUGCCCCUUAAGGUGGACUCUGUAUGAAGGAAAGUGCUACUACUUUACUACGCUGCGAAAAACAUGGGAUGAAAGCCAAAAAGAAUGUGUCUCGUUAAAUUCUCAUCUUGCCGUUAUCAGCAGCAAAGCAGAACUGGCAUUCCUGAACAACAAAACACAAAAUGCAGAUUACUUCAUUGGCCUGAGACAGAGAAAUGGAGAGUGGAAGUGGAUUGACAAUACAAAAUUUGACCCUGGCAUAUUUAAUGUUCAAGAUAAAACAAACGACUGUGCUGCAAUUGGAUUAAAUUCCAGAGUCUCAAAAUCUUGCUCUGAAUUCAACCGCUUCAUUUGUGAGGAGAAGGUAUAAAAACUCUUUGGGCAAUGGAAAUUCACAGCAAGAUAGAAUCAGAAUUCUAUCCUCUGUUCAUAAACGCUGGCCCUGAUAAGAAAGUUAACCUACUGUAAUACAAUUAAACAAUUUAGAGUGAGCGUACAUUAGAGUACAUCCUUUCGAAUGUAUUUCAGGUUACAUGGAAUUCUACCAUUAGAUCUAAUUCCUCCUUGAAUGAAUAUAGUUUUUUUCCCCAUGCCAUCAUUCUGCUAAACAACUAAUUCCCACAACACUUUCAAAUUAUUUAGUAAGACUGUAUUAAUAUUAUCCUUCUCAUCUUUCCUAUUGCUUAUCUCCUUUUCUACUUAUGACUAUAACUUUGUUGCUUGUAUUUUUAUGAUUUAUAUUGUUUUAUUUAGUUUCCUAGUACAAUUUAUGUUGAUUCUAUCACUAAGUGUUGUAUCUUAUGAUUUAUGAUGAAUGUAUUUUUAUGAUGACUAUGAUCAUGAUUUAUCAUAACUUUUAUGUACAAUGAGUAUUAUGCACCGAAGACAAAUUCCUUGUGUGUCUAAUCACACUUGGCCAAUAAAGAAUUCUAUUCUAUAUCAACCUGUAUUAUAUUGCUGCUUUAAAAAUAAAUGUUUUCCAGAGGAA